UGGAGGCCGAGGAGUAAAGCCGGCAGGCAGUCAGACAAAGCGGCCGACACGGAGGCAGGCAGAAAUCCACACAACAACGUUGGGAUCGUUGGGAUCGCCGCCAGAAGAGCAAGAAAACAAAUCCCAUCGGGCAUCGCCGGAUCUCGCCAUCCACGAUCAUGACUGCCAUGAUAUGCGCCAUCUCUAAUGAGGCCCCGGAAACGCCCGUGGUCUCACCCGUUUCAGGCCAGAUCUUUGAACGCCGACUGGUCGAAAAGUUCAUCGAGGAGAAUGGCUGCGACCCGGUCACCAAGGAGCCGCUCAGUGCCGUGCAACUGAUUGCCGUCAAAGCUUCGCCCCUGGUCAAGCCCAAGGCCCCGUCGGCCACGUCUAUUCCGGCUAUCCUGAAGUCCUUGCAAGACGAGUGGGAUGCGGCCAUGUUGCACUCCUUCACUCUGCGGCAACAGCUCCAAACGGCGCGCCAAGAGCUCAGUCACGCGCUCUACCAACACGAUGCCGCCUGUCGUGUCAUCGCCCGCUUGACCAAGGAGGUCACGGGGGCUCGAGAGGCUUUGGCCACCUUGAAACCGCAAACUGCCGCCAUGACUCCGUCACACGCGGCCAUGGCGGGGGCUACGCCCGUUCAUCAGACCGAAGCUCCGGCCGCCACGCCGGUCACAUUGGAGGCCACGGGCAUGACACAGGAGAUCGUGAACAAAUUGCAAGACAAGGCUAAGGUUUUGACAGGUGAGCGAAAGAAGCGAGGCAAGACCGUGCCCGAGGAGCUCAUGUCGGUGAAUGACAUCCGCAAUUUCAAGACCCUGGCCUCGCAUCCCGGUCUCCAUUCGGCGUCAGUGCCCGGCAUUUUGGCUUUGGACAUUAAUGCCAAUAACCCGAGCAAGAUUCUGACUGGAGGGGCCGACAAGACCGCUACUAUUUUCAACAAAGAUGACGAACAGAUCAUUGCCAUUCUCAAGGGACAUACGAAGAAGGUGAACCGAGUGGUCUAUUAUCCUGAUUCAGAGGAUACGGUUAUCACGGCCUCGCAUGAUUCCACCAUUCGAUUGUGGAACGUGCCCACUUCACAGACCCUGAAGAUUUUGCGCGUCCAUGAUGGACCUGUGACGGGAUUAUCUCUCCACGCCACCGGCGAUUAUGUUCUCUCCACCUCGUUGGAUCAACAUUGGGCGUUUUCGGACAUUCGCUCCGGUCGGUUGGUCGCCAAAGUAACUGAUGCCUCCACGGCUGCACUAACUUGCGCCCAAUUCCAUCCGGAUGGUCUCAUUUUUGGCACUGGAACAGCUGACUCGGUCAUAAAAAUCUGGGAUUUGAAAGAGCAACAAAAUGUGGCCAAUUUCGAAGGUCAUAGUGGCGCUAUCUCGGCUAUAUCUUUCUCCGAGAACGGUUAUUACCUAGCCACAGCAGCGGAUGAUGCCUGCGUAAAGCUUUGGGAUUUGAGGAAACUGAAGAACUUCAAGACGAUUCAAUUGGACGACAACUACGAGGUGAAGGAUCUCUGCUUCGAUCAAAGUGGCACUUAUUUGGCUGUUGCCGGAACGGACGUUCGCGUGUACUUGUGCAAACAAUGGACGGAAUUGAAAGUAUUUGAGGACCACACAGCCAUGGCCACGGGCGUGCGAUUUGGUAAGCACGGGAGCUACAUUGCCUCCACCUCUAUGGACCGCACGCUCAAGCUCUGUGGUUUGUAAAGUCCAUGUCAAACGAUAAUAAAAUGAUAGAUCAUUCGUGGGAUCACCAUCA